AUGAAGGGCAAGUCAGUGCAUGAUUUCUUCACGUAUGUAGUUCCAGUCGAAAAUCGACGUUGUCGUUCGAAGAGACAAUAUUGUGCAGUACAAUGGCCAGUGAAACAGUCGGCACCGUAGGUGUCACAUUCAUAGCAGGCGAUCGUUGGUUGUCGUUGAGGUUCGAUAGUCACUGGAGGAUUGCAGUAAUUAUUGCAGAAAUUCGUAUCGUUGCAUAUUUUUACGUGGUACUGAGACGUCAACGUGUUCCUGAUCUCACAGACUCCGACGACGUCGACUGCUGCAAAGUCAUCGGGCAGUGCGACCGAAGUGUCCAAACAGCCUUUUUUCAGCGAUAUCUGAUUGCCAGCCACACGCUUUUCAUAGACACAAAACUGUCCUUGACAAACAUUGGUUUCACAGUCGGAGCUGUCAUUUGAGACGCAGUCGUAACAUGACACAGUUCCGGGCAACGGUUGCGGAGUAGGAGAAGGCACCAUCAUACAUUGGCUGUUGCAUUCGUUUCCGGUAGAACAGAUCAACACGUGA